UUCAAACGAGUGGCACAUCCUAAGUAUUACCUCAACCAAAAUUUUCCUCUCUCUCUCUCUAACCCUUCUUCUUCGUCUCUCUCCGACCCGUUUCCUCCUCCAUCGAAGAUCCCUCGUUUCUCCAACCCUUUUUAAACUAAUUUAAUCUCAAUAUUAGCUCAUAUUUUUCUUUUUUUUGGUUUCAGUUUAGUUCUUCGAGCGCAAUUUUGAGAUCUAAAGCUAAUGUAUGCAAUCUCCGCUAAUUGAAUGUGUCUAGGGUUUUAGGUUCUACGAAGUUCGUACUUUGAUCGCUGAUUUGAACAUCUGAAGCAGGGAGGUGGAGGAGGAGUAGUGGAUCGGAGUUAGGGUUUGAUGUUCUUAGAUUUUGUAGCUUGUUGAGGGAGAUCGUGUAACCUGUUGUUGGUAAAUGAGUCCCGAUCGCAGCAGGAGUCCUGUGCGGACUCGACGAUUCCGCAGCGAGCGCACGUCGAGCCGCUAUUCCCCGUAUAGGAGAGAUCGCCCCAGCUACAGGGAUUACAUUUGCAAGAACUGCAAGCGUCCUGGACACUAUGCCAGAGAAUGUCCUAAUGUUGCUGUCUGCAACAACUGCGCUUUUCCAGGGCACAUUGCGGCUGAGUGCACCUCCAAGACCGUAUGUUGGAACUGCAAGGAGAAUGGGCAUGUCGCCAGUGAGUGCAAGAAUGAGCCGGUGUGCCACACAUGCAACAAAACAGGCCAUUUGGCACGUGACUGCAGUGGGCCAAACAACAAUGACAGGUUAUGCAACAACUGCUUUAAACCUGGGCACAUCGCGAUAGAGUGCACCAAUGAGAAAGCCUGCAACAACUGCCGCAAGACGGGCCACCUGGCCCGUGACUGCCCCAACGACCCGGUCUGCAACCUCUGCAACGUAUCUGGCCACGUGGCCCGCAACUGCCCCAAGUCUUCGACGAUGCUGGCAUCUGAGAUCCAUGGAGGACCCUUCCGUGACAUCAUGUGCCGCAUGUGCGGGCAGACAGGGCACAUAAGUCGGGAUUGCGUUACCGUUAUCAUCUGCAACAACUGUGGUGGGCGUGGCCACAUGGCGUAUGAGUGCCCAUCAGGACGGAUCUUUGAUCGUGGGUUUCGCAGAUACUGAUUGGCAUAUUAAUUAUAACUCUUUUAGGUGCAUGUGGGAUAUAUCUUUGUUCACUAAUGUAUUUUGCAGAUAUUUAAGGUUUUCAGCAGGCUGCCAGGUUGUUCAUUUUGGUGGUUUCGCAUCCGGAGUUACUGUUUGAGAGUAGGCAUGUUUUAAUUGCCCUCUGGCCGAUUUAGAAUUUCAGUUUAAUCUCCCGAUUCUCGCGUAUGUUGUCAAAUUGAAGAGAUGGAGCGUGUUUUUUUUUACUCUUUUAUUCGAGCUAUUUAGCUAUUUUCUGACUAUUUUUAUUUCGCCGGAUGCUGCUUCAACCUGCGCGAUUAUAGUUUUACUGGAUCGUAUGUGCUCAGGGAGAUUUCGUUGCUUUUCCUUGCAUUGUGUUUGUCAUUUUCAAUGUCUCGUUUGAUAGUUAAUUUAAGCAGGUUGUGUUUGUAACUCUCGAGUUACCUGCUGGAAAGUAAGUAUGGUAUGUUGUGUUGUUUUCCUUUCUUUUUGAAAACAGCACUGAGAAUGUAAUGUAGGCAAAUCUGGUUUGCACAAGAGUAUUAUUAUUAUAUGAUUUAUUAUUAGUUGAGUA